UUGAGUGUUUGUGUCUCUGUAUUUCGACAGUAAAAUGGCAGAAGCCAGAAUUUCAGUAGGUCAGAAGGAGUUCAUGUGUUCAGUGUGUCUGGAUGUCCUGAAGGAUCCCGUGACCAUUCCCUGUGGACACAGUUACUGUAAGAGCUGUAUUACAGACUGCUGGGAUCAGGAGGAUCAGAAGAGAGUCUACAGCUGCCCUCAGUGCAAUCAGACCUUCAGUCCAAGACCUGCUUUAGCUACAAACACCAUCCUGGCUGAAGUGGUGGACAGACUUAAGAAGACCAAACUUUCUGCUGACUGUUACGCUGGAGUUGGAGAUGUGCAGUGUGACACCUGCACUGGAAGAAAAUACAGAGCCGUCAAGUCCUGUCUGGUGUGUCUGAAGUCCUACUGUCAGAAUCACCUUGAACAACAUGAUAGUUGGUUUAGAGGACUGAGGCACAGUUUGAUUGAAGCCACUGGACGACUGCAGGAGAUGAUCUGUCAGAAACACGAGAAGCUCCUUGAGGUUUUCUGUCGCACUGAUCAGAAGUGUAUCUGUCUGCUGUGUACGAUGGAUGAACAUCAAAACCAUAACACUGUAUCAGCUGCAGCACACAGGACAGAGAAACAGAAGGAGACGCAGAAGACGCUCCAGCAGAGAAUCCAGCAGAGAGAGAAAGAUCUCCAGCAGCUGAGAGAGACUGUGGAGUCUCAUAAGCGCUCUGCACAGACAGCAGUGGAGGACAGUGAGAGGAUCUUUACUGAGCUCAUCCGCUCCAUUGAGAGAAGCCGCUCUGAGCUGAUACGACUGAUCAGAGAUCAGGAAAAGACUGCAGUGAGUCGACCUGAAGAACGACUGAAGCGACUGGAGCAGGAGAUCAAUGAUCUGAGGAGGAGAGACGCUGAGCUGGAGCAGCUUUCACACACACAGGAUCACAUCCAGUUCCUGCAGAGUUUCCAGUCUCUCUCAGCACCUCCUGAAUCUACAGACGUAAAUGAUGAUCUCUUCAGUUCUCUCGUCUCUUCUGAUGAUCUGAGAGAAUCUGUCCAUCGGCUGAGAGACAAACUGGAGGAU